GGACUCACAAUGUAAGUGAUCAGAAAAUUUAAACCCUAAAGUAGACAAAAUAGACUUGGCAACAGCAGGAGCCGGAUGUCCAAGCCGGCGAUGCCAGGCCGGAGCAGCCCGGUCUGGCAGGUUCACCGCAGCAGCAUAUCCGCCGGUCGGAGCAUCGAGAAUCCGUCGAAAUCCGGCGAGAAGGCUCUCAAAAAGGAAGGCGAACUCGAAAAGAUCCUCAAUAAAGACGUUCCCGUUUCGAAAUCCGUGAAAAAAGAAGGAACCGACGACUUGAUGAUUUUUUUUGGCAGUGAGAGUUUAAAGGCUUAUGCAAAGCAGUUGACAGAAUCCCAUGAUGAACUGCUAGAGUCCUGUUUGGAUGUGGAAAGUUACAGCAAGAUUUACAGCUUCAAACACAUUGUAAAUGGAUUUGCAGUCCACACUACUCCUUCUCAGAUUGAGAAGGUGAGGAGAGCAAGAGGGGUGAGGUUAGUGGAGAAGGACAGAAGGGUCAAACACAUGACAACAUACACUCCACAGUUUCUUGGGAUGGAAUCAGCAUGGACACAAGAAGGGGGAGAGAGAGACGCGGGCGAAGGCAUUGUCAUUGGAUUUGUUGACACCGGGAUCAACCCGUCACACCCCAGCUUUGCCUACGACCCCACCCACCCGUUCUCUCCAAUAACUUCCCGUUUUUCUGGGGAUUGUGAGUCUGGUCCUCUGUUUCAUGAGUCUGCCUGCAAUGGAAAAAUUGUGUCUGCCAGGUUUUUCUCUGCAGGGGCACAGGCUGCUGCUAACCUUAGUGCCUCAGUUGAUAUUCUCUCCCCUUUUGACGCCGAUGGCCAUGGAAGUCAUGUGGCUUCAACUGCUGCUGGGAAUUCAGGAGUUCCUGUUGUGGUAGAUGGCUUUUACUAUGGUAGAGCCAGUGGAAUGGCACCGCGUGCAAGGAUUGCUAUUUACAAAGCGAUAUAUCCAAGUAUAGGAGUUCUCUCUGAUGUCUUGGCAGCUAUUGACCAAGCAGUGUUAGAUGGAGUGGACAUCUUGUCACUGUCAAUAGGUCCAGACGAUCCACCUGAAGAGGCACUCACAUUCUUGACACUGUUUGAGAUCUUCAUGCUGGCGGCACACAAAGCUGGAGUCUUUGUUGUCCAAGCUGCUGGAAACCGCGGUCCGGGUCCUUAUAGUGUCAUCUCUUUCAGCCCAUGGACAGUGGGAGUUGCAGCUUGUGACACAGACAGGAGUUUCCCCGGCACUCUCAUUCUUGGCGAUGGUCAAAAGAUCAGUGGCAUAGGCUUAUCAGGCUCAACAUUGGGUGGUGGGGUGCUUCAACAAAAGCUGGUUUUGGCUAAGGAUGCGACAAGGAUAAACGGAACGUUUCCUAUGACUGCAGAGUACAUAGAGGAGUGUCAGCAUCCAGAGGCAUUAGAGGCUUUUGUGGUGGAAGGAAGCUUGGUGAUCUGCAGCUUCUCAGCUGGUUUUUCCAAUGGAUCAUCAUCUCUAACAUCUGUUAUAAAGACAGCAAAGGCUCUUCGGUUUGGGGGGUUUGUAUUUGUCGCAAACCCAACCUAUGGUGACUUCAUAGCUGAGCCUAUCCCCUUUCACAUCCCCGGGAUUUUAAUCCCAAGAAUCAGUGACGCGCAAACCAUAUUGAGCUACUAUGAAAACCACACUGCAAGGGACGACCGGGGAAAUGUCAUGAAAUACAGCGGGCAUGCUGCCAUAACUGAGGGAAGAAUCGCUUGUUAUGCUUCGCGAGCUCCGGUUGUUAGCCGGUUUUCUUCCAGAGGUCCAGAUUUCAGUGGUGAGAGCAGGAAUGCAGCUGAUGUACUUAAGCCUAACCUUUUGGCUCCAGGGCACCAGAUUUGGGCAGCUUGGAGCCCCAUGAGUGUUUCAGAUCCCAUUCUUUCUGGGCACAACUUCGCAAUGAUAUCGGGGACGAGCAUGGCAACACCACACGUUGCAGGCAUUGCAGCGCUCAUAAGACAGAAAUACCCUUCGUGGACCCCGUCCAUGAUAGCUUCGGCAUUGUCGACCACUGCGACCACACAAGACAACCUUGGAGAAACCAUAAUGGCUCAAGGACUUGAGCUUGACAGCUUACACCCCUCAGCACCCUUUGGUUUUGGUUCUGGCCUAGUUAACCCCUCCCGUGCACUCGACCCCGGUCUGGUUUUCUCAACCGAAUUCGAAGACUACAUUGGGUUCCUUUGCUCCCUACCGGACAUUGACCCAGGGGUGGUGAAAACCGCAACGGGUGGAGUUUGUGACCAUGUAUUUGAACAUCCAACCGACUUGAACUUGCCUUCGGUGACCAUUUCAUCCCUGGCUGGAUCUAGGCUGGUGCGCCGAAGGGUCAUUAAUGUAGCCAGCAAACCGGAGAGUUACACGUGUGCAGUGGUGCCGCCAAAAGGGGUGGCAGUUGAUAUAGAGCCGCCGUGGUUCGGGAUACCCCCACAAGGAACUCAAGAUUUAGAGAUAAGGUUUAAUGUUACAGAAGCAGGAAAAGACUUCAGCUUUGGUGAAAUUAUCUGCACUGGGAGUUUGGAUCAUAUCAUGAGGAUGCCCUUGUCAGUGUUGCCUAUCUCUGCAGCUUCCCUAACCUAAUAGAACAAUUUACUCUUCUUUCAUGACUCAUGAGAUAAUAAUAAUAAUCUCAUGAUUAUAUUUUCAAGUUUUAUUGUUUUAUCAAGCUCUGCAUUUACACCUUAGCUAGUUAGUAGUAACCAACCUCAAUAGAAAGCUACCAAGAUU